AUCAAAACCAAUUAGUCUAUGAUAUAGGAAUUAUAUUUGCAAAUGUUAUAACUUGGAAUUUGCUCAAAGAUUUGGACUAUGACAAUCCCAUAUUAUCUUUUGUAGUUGAUUUUAAUAAAAAAUCAAAAAAUCCACACCUUUAUCAGCCUCUACCACCUUCAAUAUAUUUUAACAUAUCAAGAACACCUGAAUUUUAUAUUCAAUCUCCAGAUAUUGAUUUUAAAAUAUUGGUUGAAUGCUUUUUUGUUGACAAAAAUCAAUUGGAAUAUGAUGAAUUUGAACUUCCUUCACUACAAUUAUCCAAAUCAUCAUCAUCUGCUCCAAUUAGUCAAGAUACCAAAGAAACAAAGGAUGAGUCAAACAAUAGAAUGAUCAAUGAAAUCAAAGUAACUAUUGAUAAAUAUAAGGAUAAUUGGUCAGGAUGGCUUGAUGAGGCAAUUCAGAAGGAACACAUUAAUUUUUAUGAAUAUG